AUAUUUCACUACUUCGAUCAACACGACUCAAAAUGGCGCUCCCAGAGUACAAGCAGAAGUUCCUCAAAGACUGCGUGUCGGCCGAAGCACUCAAAUUCGGCACCUUUACACUAAAGUCCAAGCGCAUUUCCCCAUACUUCUUCAAUGCGGGACUGUUCCACAGAGCCGACUUGCUACGCUCCAUAUCCUCAGCCUACGCGCACACCUUGAAGGCCCACGGAGAGGCAGACGCCUCUUUCCAAUGGGACAUUCUCUUCGGACCAGCAUACAAAGGCAUUCCACUGGCAGCAGCUACCCUUGAUAAACUAGCGGAUCUCGACGUCUCCAAGUACGGACAGAAGAGCUACAGUUUCAACCGCAAGGAAGCCAAGGACCAUGGCGAGGGCGGCAACAUCGUCGGCGCAUCUCUCAAAGGCCGAAAGGUUGUCAUCGUAGAUGACGUGAUCACGGCUGGAACCGCCAUUCGCGAAGCAAUCGAAAUCAUCAAGAAGGAAGGCGGAGAACUAGUCGGCAUCAUCGUGGCAUGCGACAGGCAAGAGAAGAUGCCCACGGCUACUGACGACGAUGGGAAGCCUGGGCCCAGCGCAAUUGGAGAGGUUAGGAAACAGUAUGGUAUUCCAGUACUGGCGAUUUUGACGCUGGACGAUGUGCUGCAGUACCUGAGGGCGUUGGGUGGGGAAGAAGACUUGAAGAGGUUGGAUGAGUAUCGGGCGAAAUACAAGGCGAGCGAUUAAGUAUCAUGAGUGGGCCCACGAGAAUACGAGUAAAAAGCAUGGUCUUGAGGGCAGCAACUACUUGAAAGUGCUCUAGAAAUUAGCUUCGUGGACAUGAGGACACGAAGAGAAGUGUGUCGGACAGGCGCCAUGACACUGCUGGAGCUUCACGAUAGAUGAAUGCAAUGAACAAGUAUUUCUUCAGAGGCUUUCCAAUCAAGGCGUUCAUUGCUCAAGCAGCCGAGACUUCUAUGGAGAGUCAAUAUAGACCAAGAGCAUUCG